CCCCGCCCCUUUCCCGGGGGCGGGGCUAAAGGGCCGCGCGGGGCUGCAGAAGCUGGCUCUUUAAAAGCCCCCCACGCGGGCCUGGCCCGGCGCAGCCCUGCCGGGAGCUGGAGCAGCCGGGGCGGAGACGAUGCCCUCCGAUCUGCUGACCCCCUUUGUGGAGCUGGACGAUCCUCUGCGCCAGGCUUUCCUGAGGCUGAAUGUGGCAGAGGAGCCUGGCCCCACGGCGAGAUGCCCGGUGGGAUACCGGCGCACCGUCUCUGCCUGCUCAGCGGCGCCGUCCGGCGGCACUGAGCCCCUGGAGGAGGCUGUGGGUGUCUCGGAUGCGCUCUGGUCCCUCCAUGGCCAGUGGGGCUGGGCCCCAGCGCUGCCCUGCCCCAGUCUCCAGCGCAUCCCGUUCCAGGCGGAGCGCUCGGCCAGCAUGAUCGAGGGCUGCCGGGAGGGGGCAGCUGCCUCGGCCCGCUACAAGACGGAGCUCUGCCGCACCUAUGAGGAGAGCGGGGCCUGCAAGUACGGGGCCAAGUGCCAGUUCGCCCAUGGGGCCGGGGAGCUGCGGGGCCUGAGCCGCCACCCCAAGUACAAGACGGAGCUGUGCCGCACCUUCCACACGGCUGGCUUCUGCCCCUACGGCUCCCGCUGCCACUUCAUCCACAACGCGGACGAGCAGCGCCAGCCCCCGCGCCUGGGGGGCCGCUCCCUCUCCCGCAGCACCUCCCUGUCUCCCCCGCCCUCCGCCUCGCUGUCCGUCCCCCUACGGCCGCCCGGGCCCUGCUGCUGCCGCCACCCCGCCGGGGAUCCCCCCUGUUUGGCCUUUCCAGACGCCGCCACUCUGGGCCAGGACAGAGCAGGGGGGACCCCGGCUGCCCCCGAUGCCUUCGCCUUCCCCGGGCAGCUGUUGCUGCAGAGAAGCCCUUCCUCCGACUCCCUCUCGGAUCAGGAGGACUCGGGAGGCAGCAGCGGGUCUGAGUCGCCGGGACUGGGGCCCAGCGGGCACCGGCUCCCCAUCUUCAGUCGCCUGUCCGUCUCCGACUAGCAGGUGUGCAGCGAACCUCCAGCACGGGUCCUGCCCCCCACCCUUUGCUGGGGCAAAUGCUUAAAUCGCUGCCUCUCCACUGAGAGGCUCAGGGGGGGGGGGGGGGGGGAGAAUCGGUUCCAGGGUUGAGUGUGUAGGGGCAAAACCCUCCCCUGGGAUCAUGUGAUCAGUAACCAGAUCUUCUCCUUCUGGUGUAAAUCGGGGCUUAUUCCAUUCCACUCCUAUUGGAGUCAGACCCCCCCCCCCGAUUGCAGAAGGGCAGAGGAGAACUAGGCCUCGGAAGGGGGUGCUUCUUCCCCCCAUCACCAUGUGCCUCAUACCAUUGCUUAUACCAGUGUGUAUUGCUGCUGGAUGGGAUGGGGUCUGAGUCGUGCACUGGUGUAAACAACCAUGCAAGGAGGAAAAACCGCUCCCUGGCUUUCAGUGGUGUACACAGUCUGGGCUAUUCUUGCUGGGGAGGCAAAGGCAUCACGAGACCUCCUGAUCUCUGCAGCCCGGAUCCGUGGGUGGAUUCCGAAUCAGAUCUCCUGACCCAGAGGCUGCUUCUGGAAACUUGGAUGCGUGACCUUGUGUCCUCCAAAACAAACAAA